AUGCGUCUGACGGGUCUCGUAGCGAUGGCCUCCAAGGUGGUCAAGCUGCCUCCUCUGUAUCGCUUUGGCACCAGCCGGCCGUCUACGUUGGCCGCGCAGAAGAAGAACCCGCCGGGCAAGAGGAGGUCCAAAAUAUUCGUGGAACCCAUCAGCAAGGAGUGGAAGUAUUUCCGGGGAGACGUGGUUGAGGUUCUGGCGGGCAAAGACGUCGGGAAGCAGGGGAAGGUGACGCAGGUGAUCCGCGCUCGCAACUGGGUCGUGGUGGAAAAUCUCAACGCUCACUUCCGGUAUGUGGGGAAGUCGGGGGACUACGGGGGGACGUUGGUGAUCAGUGAGGCCCCCCUGCUGGUGAAUCGCGUGUCACUGGUGGACCCCACAGACAAGAAACCCACCGAGACGGAAUGGCGGUACACGGAGGAGGGCGAGCGGGUGAGGGUGGGCGUGAGGACCGGGCGCAUCAUCCCCAAACCCGUCUUCCAGAGACGAGACGGCGUCAUCCCCGAGCAGUGGAAAGAGGGCCCCAAGGACACGUCUGUGGAGGACGCUCUGGAACGCACGUACGUCCCGUCGCUGAAGACGUUUCAGGAGGAGAUCAUGGAGACGAUGGGCCUGGCGGAGCCCCGGAGGCAAAGGAAAUCCUUCUGGUAUUAAUGUUCAGC